UGGAUCACUGCACAUACAAAUCCAUAAUAGUGAACGUUAAAUUACUUAAAACAAAAAUAAAUUGACAUGAAUCUGAAAUUUUGAAUAAGUGGAUGUGAAAAUACUUGAAACGAAUAUGUCUCGAAAUGAGCUCUCGAUGGAAUUGAAUCAAAACAAAAUGGGGGAUAAAAAAUUUCAUUCAGACACUAGUUUACAGAAAUACGGCGAUGAUGAUGAGGAUACUGAAAUUACCGAUGAUCCAGGGGUACAAAAUAUCUCUAUUAUAUCGUCAGCCCAAAAUUUGGAAGAUAUCCCAGGAAGACGUCGCACAAUGUCACAGCCUGGUCCAAUAUCUGGAAGUUUACUUACAGCCACAGCCGCGCGAACGGCCAGAAAACGUCCACCACGCAACGUUGUUUACGCUUCAGACAUUGAAAAAGGGAUGAACGACAGAUUAAAUACGCCCAUAUCAAACAAUGACCUCUCACUUCCACCUACACCUAGUGGGGAAAGGCGUAGUCCGGGGCCGUAUAUAUAUAGAAAUGGAGAUGUCAAAUCUCUCAAUAGUUACAGAUUGCCACUUAACGAUAUGCGGGGUGGAGCUACGCCUCGGAAGCGGUCAGUGGUUACCAUGGAUGCACAAUCCAUUCGAUCUGUGGAAACCCAUGCGCCUCCACCCACCAGUCCAGAGGAUAAUGCUAGGUUAUCGAAAAAAUAUCUCUCGCUCAUAUUGAGUUGUAUAUACGCUGUAUUAUUAGUUACUUUAGGUUGCAUAAUUUUUCCGUCAGACCCUUUCGUCAGUUAUGAUAAUUCUCCAUCAAUAGUUUUUGCAUUUUGUCUGGUAGGCAUAGGAUUUCUUUACCAAAUAUUCUUGCUCUACGACAUAAAUCGAUACAAAAUUAUAGCACUGAAGAAUCAAAAAACGAAAGAAGUUCAUGACACAAAGCUCUCAGAAUAUUUUCGAAAACAAGAUGAAGAAUAUGCUACAACAGGGGAACUGGGUGACCGUACUCCAGAGGGAAAUAAAGCUAUUGGCUUCCCUACACCAGUACUUUUACCACUAAACCAUGACUAUUGCUUCAGUUCUGGAAGGCAUUCUGGCAGUUUUUACUUGAAACUAGGAGCAGCAGGUUUUGCUUUAGGAUAUCUGAUUCACUCUGUGCACUAUUUCAGUUUUUGCUUUAGUACAUCCCAUUCACUCUGA